CUUGCAUAAAAACCCCUUCCCUCCGCUUCUCUCUUCAGGUAUCGGAAUACAAAGGUUACCUUCCUUUCUCCUCCCACUCACUUCCAGCUCUUCCACCUACCUGCUGCAAUGGCGCUCGCAUCCCACAACUCUCUUCUUCCCACCAACUCUUCCCCCUUUCCUCAAACCCAAUCCGCCCUCUACGUCUCUCCUUCCUCUCUCCCCGUCAAAUCCGUGAUCAAGCCCAUUUCAGCCGUCCACUCCGCCGAUUCUUCCACUUCCAAGACCACCACUAUUCCCGCCGCCUCCGUGGGCACCAAGGUGGCUCCCAAGAAAUGGGCAUUGGACAGCUGGAAGUCCAAGAAGGCGCUGCAGCUGCCGGAGUACCCGAAUCAGGAGGAUCUUGAGUCGGUGCUGAGGACGCUCGACGCUUUUCCCCCGAUUGUGUUCGCCGGGGAGGCCCGGAGUCUGGAGGAGCGUCUGGGUGAGGCGGCUAUGGGGAAUGCUUUCCUCCUGCAAGGUGGGGACUGCGCCGAGAGCUUCAAGGAGUUUAAUGCCAAUAAUAUCAGGGACACUUUCAGGAUUCUCCUCCAGAUGGGCGCUGUUUUGAUGUUUGGUGGCCAAAUGCCUGUCAUCAAGGUGGGAAGAAUGGCGGGGCAAUUUGCAAAGCCGAGGUCUGAUCCAUUUGAGGAGAAAAAUGGAGUCAAGUUGCCGAGUUAUAGGGGAGACAACAUCAACGGAGAUGCAUUUGAUGAAAAGUCAAGGAUCCCUGAUCCACAGAGGAUGAUCAGGGCCUACUGUCAAUCUGCUGCUACUUUGAAUCUCUUGAGAGCAUUUGCAACUGGAGGAUAUGCUGCGAUGCAGAGGGUUACUCAGUGGAACAUGGAUUUCACAGAACAUAGCGAGCAGGGUGAUAGGUACCGUGAACUAGCUCACCGAGUUGAUGAGGCCCUAGGAUUUAUGCAAGCUGCUGGACUCACAAUGGACCAUCCCGUCAUGCAGACCACCGAGUUUUGGACGUCUCAUGAGUGCUUGCUCUUGCCUUAUGAACAAUCACUUACCCGACUUGAUUCCACGUCUGGCCUGUAUUAUGACUGUUCAGCCCAUUUCCUUUGGGUUGGAGAAAGAACGAGGCAAUUGGACGGAGCCCAUAUCGAAUUCCUUAGAGGAAUUGCAAACCCUCUUGGUAUUAAGGUGAGUGAUAAAAUGGAUCCCAAUGAACUUGUCAAGCUCAUUGAGAUUUUGAAUCCUCAGAACAAGCCCGGCAGAAUAACCAUCAUCACAAGAAUGGGAGCAGAGAACAUGAGAGUGAAACUUCCUCAUUUAAUCAGGGCAGUCCGUCGGGCAGGGCAAAUUGUUACCUGGGUUUCUGAUCCUAUGCAUGGAAACACCAUCAAAGCUCCCUGUGGUCUGAAAACUCGCCCCUUCGAUUCUAUCAGGGCGGAAGUGAGAGCUUUCUUUGAUGUACACGAGCAAGAGGGAAGUCAUCCCGGAGGUGUGCAUUUGGAGAUGACGGGCCAAAAUGUUACAGAAUGCAUCGGAGGAUCAAGAACUGUAACAUUCGACGACUUGAGCUCCCGAUACCACACCCACUGUGAUCCAAGGCUCAACGCCUCACAGUCUCUUGAGCUUGCGUUUAUCAUCGCUGAACGCCUAAGAAAGAGGAGGCUUGGUUCUCAGAGCGCUCUGCGAUAUUAGACCUCGAGAUUGGCUUCAAAAACUGCCCAAUCUGUGUUGCCUAGAUAUAUAUGAUUUUGAAAUAUUUUUUAGUUAAAAUUAUGUCUGUACUGUAUAUGUAUCCUGAGAGAGUCGAGCUUUCUGAAUCUCUGAUGAAACCUGAAUAAACAGGAAGAUCUAUAUAUUUAAGGCCGGAUUUGAUUUCCUAUUGCAA